AUGCAAUGUGCUAAAUUUAUUAACAUGGAUACUGCACAGCGAAACCACACUGUUGCGAAAUUGAAACUCUGCAAAAAUUGUCUCUAUAGCCACAAUAACGAAGAAUGUAAAUCAGCGAAAACGUGUAAGGAGUGUAACAUGAAACAUCAUACCAUGUUGCACAACGUGAACUGGAAAAUUCCAGCGAAUGGUAAAAAUAACUUUGGACAACAAGCCUCCUCUUCUCAGCAACAAGCUUCGAAUCACUUAUCAUUGGAUAAAACUGAAAUUUUACUAACUACAACUCUACUGAAAAUAAAGGCUUAUGAUGGCACUUAUGUAAAACUUAGGGCCCUCUUGGAUCAGGGCUCACAAGUAAACUUAAUAACAGAAAAUGCCGCUCAGGUAUUACGCCUGCCGAGGAAAAGGUUCGCUGCUACUAUCUCGGGGGUUGGUUCAGUAUCUGGUGAUUGCAGGGGUCAACUAAACUUAUCUUGUAAAUCAAUAAACUCUGAAUACGACUUCGAAAUACAAGCACUUAUAAUGAAAAAACUUACAAAUAACUUACCGAAUGCUACUUUCGAAAAAUCGAACUGGCCUCAUUUGGAAAACUUAAAGCUGGCUGAUCCUGACUUCAACAUCUCUCGCCCCAUCGACUUACUACUGGGUGCCGAUGUUUAUUCAGACAUUAUACUCAAUGGAGUUUUAAAAGGAAGCUGUCAAUCCCCUGUGGCACAACAAACACAUCUAGGAUGGAUCCUAUGUGGGAAAAUGAAAACGUUUAAUUGCCACGUGACCUUGGUGAACUUUGAUGAAUUAACAAAGUACUGGGAGAGCGAAGAAAUACAAAAUUCUGAAGAUAUUUCCAAGGGCGAUCAGUGUGAACUAUUUUAUUCGGAAACAGUACAACGUGCUCCCGACGGAAAAUAUAUUGUGAAGAUGCCACUCCGCCCUGACCUUAAAGAAAAAUUAGGUUCAUCGAGACCUAUCGCUGUCUCACAAUUUUUACAACUGGAAAAACGGCUCGCUAAAAAUAAAAAACUUUCAACUAUGUACAAAGAAUUUAUCAGAGAAUAUGCGGACCUGGGCCACAUGAAACUGUCGCCUCAUAUAACAUACGCCGACUGUUACUUACCACAUCACGGUGUUUUGAAAGAGAGCUCUACAACAACCAAACUGAGAGUAGUCUUUAAUGCAUCUCAAAAAACAUCGAGUGGUCACAGUUUAAACAGCCUUUUGAAAAAGGGCCCCAACCUUCAAAAGGACAUUCAGUCGCUUAUUUUGAAGUGGAGAACAUACAAAUUUGCCUUUACUGCUGACAUUGAAAAAAUGUAUCGUUGUGUGUGGAUAAAUGAUGAUCAGCAACACCUACAAAAAAUUAUCUGGCGAGAUUCACCAGAACAACCUUUACAAGAAUAUAAACUUUGUACGGUGACCUACGGUACCAAACCCGCUCCUUGGCUAGCCUUACGUACACUCAAACAACUCGCCAUUGAUGAUGGUCAUAAGUACCCCACUGCAGCUGCAGAGGUCCUGGAGAACCACUUCUUUGUAGAUGAUCUUGUUAGUGGUGAAAGGUCAUUCGAAACCGCCAAGGAGUUACAGAGGUCCCUAAUCGAUUUACUAAAGGGUGCGGGGAUGAAUUUACGCAAAUGGUCCAGCAACUAUCCAACUUUAUUAGAAGACUUACCUAAAGAGCAAAUUUCAACAACAAACAGCUUCGAUUUCAAAAUUGAUGAAACAUCAAAAACGUUAGGACUUACCUGGAACACUAACAGCGACACAUUUCACUUAAAAUGGCCUGUGAAGCAAAGUACUAAACAACUAACAAAAAGACUAUUACUGUCUGAAAUUUCUAAGUUUUAUGAUCCGUUGGGAUGGCUGUCUCCGGUGACCAUUACUGCAAAAUUACUAUUUCAAAAAGUCUGGACUCUAAACAUUGAUUGGGACGAUGAAAUUCCCCAAAAUAUUGAGAAAGAAUGGCAAAAACUAAAAAUAGAAUUGCCUUUCAUUCGUAACAUAACUUUGAAACGAUGGAUUGGCGAAACAAAACAAGAUAUAGAAUUACUUGGUUUCUGUGAUGCAAGCGAGAAAGCUUACGCUUGUGUUAUAUACAGUCGCGUGACAAAUUCCAACGGAGUUCCAGUAAUUACGCUACUUGUAUCCCGCACACGGGUGGCUCCUAUAGCACAAAAAACCACGCUGCCGAGGCUUGAACUGUGUGGCGCCUUACUGUUGGCUAAACUCAUGGAAAAAACUCAGAAGGCUUUAUCGGAAUACAAUCUGAAAAUUCAAGCAUGGUGUGACUCGCAAGUAGUUCUCGCGUGGCUCCAAGGGGACACUGCUAAAAGAGAGGCCUACAUAUCCAAUCGAGUUACAAAAAUCAAACGGAUUAUACCUACCACACAAUGGCGUUACAUUAAGUCAGAGCAUAACCCUGCCGACUGUGCAUCGAGAGGCAUGCUACCAAGUAAACUAAUGACCUUCGAUUUAUGGUUUCAAGGUCCUGCAUUUUUGAAGAAAAUUGAAACAGAUGAGACUGCAAAUUACAAAACAUACCAUACAAACAUUGGCUGCAAAGAAAAGGAAAAUCAAGAGACUUCGUCAAAUCACGAAAAGGAUAAUUGGAUAACAACCUUGUUAAAUAAAUGCAGUUCAUUAACAAAAGUUUUCCGAGUUACUGCUUGGAUAUUACGUUGCAUAACAAACAUGAGCGCUAAAAGGAAAUCUGAGGCCCCGUAUCUGACUACUACCGAACUAACUACAGCAAGAAAAAAUAUUAUCAAACACAUACAACAAAUACAAUUCAAUCAAGAAUAUAAACAACUUUUGAAAAACGAAAAUGUGUCGAAAAGGAGCGCAAUUAUGAAGCUGAACCCCUACUUAGACGAAGAUAAGAUAAUUCGCGUGGGCGGCCGCCUCCAAAACUCAAACUUACCUGCGGAAAUGAAAAACCCAAUUAUCAUACCACAUAAAGGUCGAUUAACGCAACUUUUGAUUGAAUAUUCCCAUUUAACUACACUGCAUGGAGGAGCUCGGCUAACGCUGACUUACAUACGACAGCGAUAUUGGAUCGUCGGAGGCAACAGGGCUGUCAAAACUCAACUACGAAAAUGUGUGCGCUGCCACCGUUUCACACAAACCGACAACCAUCAACUGAUGAGUAAUCUUCCGCAACAGAGAGUAACCCCAUGUCGACCCUUUACAUUUACAGGGGUUGACUACUCUGGUUACCUCGAACUGAAAAUAAACAAAGGCAGAGGUGUAAAAACUUCUAAGGGAUACAUUGCAAUAUUCAUAUGUAUGGCUACCAAAGCCGUACAUAUUGAACUUGUUUCCGAUCUCGGCACUGAAACAUUCAUAGCAGCUUUUCAACGACUAUGCGCAAGGCGUGGUACCCCUAAACAUAUGUACUCAGAUUGUGGAACUAAUUUCAUCGGCGCGGCAAAAGUGCUAGGUCAGGAAUUCAAAAACUUCAAACAAAUCAUGACAACCGAAUUUUUUGAUGAAUUAGCUAAACUGGAAGUCGAGUGGCAUUUUAACGCCCCUGCCUGGCCGAGCGCGGGCGGUUUGUGGGAAGCCGCCGUCAAAUCCAUGAAACGACAUUUACGACGAGUGCUAGGUGACCAGAAACUCACCUACGAGGAGAUGUCAACGCUACUAACAAAAAUAGAAGCCUGCUUAAACUCGAGGCCCUUGUGUCCUCUUACUGAAGAUCCAGAAGAAUUUUACAACUGUUUAACACCCGGCCAUUUCAUCACUGGCGGCGCGAUAAUGACGUUACCAUUAUCAGAUUACACUGACGUUCACAUUGGCGUACGUCGUCGAUGGCAACUUGUAGAACAAAUGUUACAACAAUAUUGGAAAAAUUGGUCCAACGAGUACCUAACACAACUGCAAACUCGGAGUAAAUGGAACAAACCUACGAAAAAUAUCAACGUCGGCGAUAUCGUAUUGGUUAAGGAUAACAACUUACCUCCUGGAAAAUGGGCUUUAGGGCGGGUGCUCGAAACCCACCCAGGUUCUGACGGAUAUGUCCGAGUUACGACCAUCAAAACUCGAACAGGAGUAACCAAACGUCCCGUAACAAAACUAUCACCUUUACCGUUGGGGUCUGAAAUCGAAGAAGGAGAUCCCACAACUAAGGAGCAACAAAGGUCAAAUUUUGAAAACAAGAACAGAAAGGGCAGAAAUAAAUUAUCGAGUGUUUUACUUACGAUGCUGACAAUGUUUACAUUUAUAUCUGGAUCAUAUGGGUCCGCGUUAUUAAGAGCUCAAAUUACAAGCUUAGAACGCGAGCGCCCUAUCUACUAUGACGCGAUCGGUAAAAUGCAAAUGGUACACAAUGAAUGGACUUUAAUUAUGUAUUACAACAUAACAACGUACUGGGAAGGAACUCGUCGUGUCGAAAACUAUUUUAAUACGGUGAAAGAUUUAUGUCACAGUGCGAAUAUACAAACCUGCAGAACUACCAUAGAACAACUAAGCCACGAGAUGGAACUGCUCGGUCAUUAUAACUCGAUUUUGAUAAAUCCGCAAAAACAUUUGACUAGCAGAAAAAAACGCGGUUUGGUGGACGGAGUGGGCUACGUAGCCAAUAGCUUGUUUGGAAUAUUGGACCAACGUUUUGCUGAAAAAUAUGAAUAUGACAUACAAACGAUUCAGACCAACGAAGACUAUUUACUUGAGCUAAUAAAAAACCAAACUAGCAUCGUGGAAUUAGAAAACAAAGUUCUAAAGAAAAGUGAAGAUAACAUUCAACGGCAAUUCGAUAUGAUCGACCGCUUUGUCAACCAAACCAACUUAAACUUGGCAACAAUUGAAACGGAAAUGCAGAUUCUCUCCGCCACUACCUAUUUGAACUCGGCAUCAUUGACUGUAUAUCUUCUUAUAAACAGCCUAAAGACUUUCCAAAACAUGCUGUUCAAUUCGCUUACAAACGUCUACCAAGGACAUAUAGAUGUGCACCUGAUAUCUCCAGCUCAUCUUACACAGCAAUUGAACGAAAUAUCCGGAAAAAUUCCGAAAGACUUAUCUUUACCCGUAGGAAACUACAAAGAAGAUAUAAAGGAUCUCUACACGUUGAUAUAUGUGAAGGCGCGGGUCACCGAAAACUAUUUUCUUUUUGAAAUGCAUAUACCACUUGUAUCUAAUGAAGAUUUUAACUUAUACAGGGCGAUACCAUUGCCUGUGAAAAACAAUGAAAGCUACGCAUAUAUGCGAAUUUCAUCGAAAUAUAUCGCAGUAAACUUGGAGAAAAAUAUAUAUAUUUCGCUAAAUGAAGAUGAUCUUAAGAGCUGUCUCCAACAACGUUCAGAUAAAAUUAUAUGCAAAACAAAUAAACCUAUUUUUGACAUGCAUAGCAACGGAGCUCCAUGCGAAGCGAAACUGCUGUCACAUCAAAACCUCGAGCCCUGUGACGUCGAGAGCGCGUCAUGCAAGGACGCGUGGCUUGAGUUACAUGCAUCGAACAAGUGGCUCGUCAUAUGCUGCGAUAGGUGUACUUUACGCACCAUAUGCAACAGUGACGUGUCCUCACACACCAUGACGUCAUCGGGGAUAGUAUCGCUGCCACAAGGAUGUGUACUUCAGUCUAAUGACUUAACGAUAUAUGCGCAUAAUCGUUAUAACAGCCGUGUGAAGUUAGAUUAUGAAAUCGCAAGUACAACGUUGGACAAUUCAGUAAACAAAAUAGUAAAUUUAAUAUACAACUACACUCCGAAUCUGUUCCAGUCUACAGCACGUGAAACAAAAAUAAUCGCUAAAGAGAUUGCUAAGCAAAAGGAGCAGGAAAAACAUUUUCCGUCGACCAUCAUAUCAGCGCAUGACAUACAUCAGUAUGUCAUUACAUAUUUAUUAUUAGUAGCAGCUCUGGUUAUUGGCCUCGUGUGGGUUGUGAGGAAACAUUCCCACUGCUUAAAGAAAAAGAAGAGCCAUCCACUUGCACCCACUGAAGAUAUCGAACUUCAAACAUUUCACCUGCGGCACGACCGACGAGAUGAUGGUGUUCAAUCCCAAGUCGCGCCACCACCGAAGCCAGCCCGAAGCGUAAACACCAGUGGAACCAACUUUGCCUUUAGUUUUGAUUAAGUUAAAUUUUAAGUAAUUUUGUUGUGAAAUGUCAUUUUAUACAUAUUUUUACUUUUACCUUUACAUUUUUAACUUUUAUAUUUUUUACAUUUUUAUUUAAGCUUA